AUGGAGAUUCUCAAAAGUUGUGACGCAUGCAAGGCGCGAAAGGUCCGAUGUAACCGGUACCCCGGUCCCUGCGAGAAUUGCGUGCGCCGUAAAGUGCAGUGUCACUUUAGCCGCAAAAGGGUGCCCCAGAGACGGAAUGCCACCAACAUCUACACAUCACCCCCUUCGACAAGGCGACAAUCCCCCGCUACUCCCCAGGUGAACGAAAAGGUCAGCCCUCGGCCAUCGUUGCCUGAGCUCUAUGUUGAUCGCCUGUUAGCUGGGGCGGGAAGACCGGACGACCCGGCCAACGAUAAGCCCCCGUUCGCUGUCAAAGUAAAUAUGUUAAGUGUAGUGGGCGGUACCAGUUUAACUUUCUUCUCCGACAACCGAUUGUUAUACCUGUCCUCCCGGUUACGGAAUGAUAAGGUAACAAAGUUGGUUCAAAGAAUAUCAUACAUAAUCGCUUCUCGGCUGAAUCACAAUGUGGGAGUGACACCUGGCUCUCUAGGGAGCCUAAAAGGAAACCAGAAGGAUACUUUAACAUUCUCGGACAGAGCCGAAGUAAACCCUCACAUACGGCUAUACUUUGAGAGGGUCCAUCCGUUCUAUCCGUUCGUUGAUCGGACUGAAUUUGAGGCCCUGGCUUUCGGCCCCGAUUUCCCUGGUCCCUUACUUCAUAACAAAGCUCUAUACGCCCUAUACUACGCUAUCAUCGCCCUGGGAUGCCAGGCCAGGGGUGGGGGGAAGUUUGAGUCUGGAAAAGGGAAGGCCUGGCAGUUCUUGGUCAGGGCUUUCUCUAUAUUCCCUGAUAUCCUUGCCCUCCCAGACUCUUUGGAUGUUCUUCAGGCUAUGACGGCUAUGACUAUAUUUUCGCUCAAUAUAUCCUGUCUCGCGAUCGAACAUUUCAUCUUGUCCGAGGCAACCAGGAGAGCACAGAAUCUUGGGUGCACGAAUCUCCGAGGCAAUGCCCGGGCAACCUACCACAAAACCUUCUGGGUUCUCUAUACAGUCGAGAAGAUAUCCAACUUCCAUUUCGGGAGGAACUCUAUGUUCACCGACCACGAUAUCGCAAUCCCGGUCCCAUCCGUACCAGAUGCCGUCAUUGGAGAGCUUGAUUGGUUUCUUACCACUGCGAGAUACUCUCGUCUUCUCUCUAGGUCCAUGUCCUCGUUAUUUUCUGCCGCGGGAGCAGAUGACCCAAAGAUGUACUACAUGUCUAUAAUUGACCAAUGCGAAGCCGAGUUAGAUCGAUGGCGCAUGUCAAUACCGGCGAACAUUAGGCCCGGUGAGCCAUAUCGAACACACGCAAUGCAAGGCACAUUGCUACGAACAGCAGCUCUCCGCAUUCACCUAUUCUACUACAGCUUCAGGCUGAGCCUAUGCCGGGCGACAUUGAACCUGGCUGCAAACACCAGUCAGGUAGUGAGCCAGGCUCGCCAAAUUGAAAGUACGAGACUUAUGAUGGAGGCAUCACGGUCAGUACUGGAGUUGACGACUUUCGUUGAAGUGGAGCCGGGUACGCCGCUUUGGAUCAUAGCAGGCAUUCCGAUUGUAGCCCUUUUCAUCCUGUUCGAUUUUGUCGUCACAAACCCUAAGCAUGCCGGAACGGCGACAAACCUUGCCCUCCUCGACAUGGUCGGUGGCCACUUCAGCAGGAUCGAGUACGCGAGCGGCGGCAGCCUUCCGGGGUCACUCAUUGGCGAAUUCGGGCACAUCGCCCGAGAGUAUGUCAACACGAUAAAGAGUGAGGAGGCUUUGAAUUCGGCGUCCGACAAGCCCGCAUCCGUGCAGCCAAAAUCGCCAUCUAUGCCUCUUCAAUCACCUAGCCAGGUCCAUAGACCUAUCGAGAAUAGAAUUUCCCCCGGGGUUGGUUCGUCUCUAGGCCUCGACCCCGCACAGAUGACGGACAACCUUGUGUUCGACGGUGAUGUCGCUUUGCCAAUCGAUGAGACCCUGUUCUUCCCCAUCAAUGACAGAAUAUUCGGGAUGGAUAACGACUUUCCUACCGGCACUGACAUCAUGGAUCUUUUCAACUCCGCCAUGCCUGGUAUCGAUCCGUUCUUCAACUAA